AGCGGACGUUGUUGCCACAGGCAGCCGCUGGCGUUCCUGGAGUUUAACUAUCUUCGUUUUUCUCCAGUUUCCCCCCAAGAAACAUACGGAGUACAACAGAAGACCAUCUUACCACAUGAACAGACUGUUAGUUACUAACACAGACAUUAUCAUCAAACAAAAUGCUGAGAAAAUUAGCAUCGACUGGCGAACACAAGCGCGUUUCUCCCGUCAUCGACCCUGCUGUAACGGAAGCUCUUAAGGAGAUUUUUCUGAGAUGAAUACCGAUUUAUCGAGACGCCUGUUCGCCUGUCACCGGAGCUCGCGAUGACGGAGCGCUGUCCAUUAGCCGAGAAGGCGAUGUCGGAGGGCUACGCGCGGCUCCGCUUCAGGGACACGUCGCUGUUGAUCUGGCAGCAGCAGCAACUGGAGCUACAGAAAGCGCCGCCGAGCAACUACCUGAGCCGCAGCCAGAGCUCCUGGUACAGCCGCUACGGGAACCAGGCGGUGGUGGUCCGCGACAAGACGAGACUGCAGGACUCUGACGGAGAUGGACAAUCCCGCAUUUGCGCGGUUAUGUGAUGGGGUCAUACUUAUGUUGGUGUAACCUCUCCUCAAAUCAUUACUCUAGAAAAUCAAGUAUUUUAGCGUAGUCAACAAAGAGGUACAGUAUUGUAGACUUGAACAAUGUAGCUGUUGAAUGUGUAUUGAGUGAUUUCAGUGUGAGAAUAGCAAAGUGUGUGGCGUGAGAAUUGGUCGAAAUGCGUGAGAUUUAAACCCUGUGAAUGUUUGCGGGUUUAUGAAGAUCAAAACCAAAAUUGAACACACAAAGGUACUCAUUUUAAAAAUGUUUUAUAAGUAUGGGUCAAAAACAUUGUCAUUAUCAGUGUUGGGGAAAGUUACUUUUGAAAGUAAUGCAUUACAAUUAUGAGUUACUCCCCGAAAAAGUAACUAGUUUCGUUACCUUUUGUGGUAAGUAAUGCAUUACGUUACUUUUGAGUUACUUUUUAUUACCUUUGCUGAGGCUUGAUCUCAUUCAGAACUUCCAUUUUUUUUUAUUUUGGGCUGGUAUAAAAUUCUGACAGUAUGAUAACCUUGGAUAAAAAUAUCACGGUUUCACAGUAUUAUGAGUACUGCUCUAAAAUAUAUUCUUUUUAAAUGUCUGGGUAAAAAACAAAAUUUUUAUUUAUAAAAAUUAUUUUGUACCAUUAAACAUGUCAGGCUAAAUAAUUAAAUAAUUCAAAUAAUCAAUAAUUCACUGACUUGUGCCAUCUUCAUUAGUUUCAAAAACUGUUUUCGAAUUUAAAACAGCAUUUCAGGAUGUCUUUUCUGCUGGAUAUAAUGUUGUCCUAAAAAAAAUGAAGACAAAAAAAACUAUAAAAAAAAAAAAAAUCUUAUACAUACCUUAAACUCCCAUUCAGACGGGGCACAGUGCCAACGCUUACCAUUCACUUUGAAUGGGUGACGUCAAGCGUUGCUGAACUGAAUUGUGGGUCCGUUGGCGCUGCUUUACCAACAUUGAUUACUGCAGAAGUUCAGAAUUUCCCAACUUUAAGCGACAACGGAAGCGUCAGGCAAACGGGCAUAAGAACGGUAUAGCAGAAAAUGGUGGCGGUUUUAAAUCCUUUACUUUUCCAAACCGCGGUAUAUCUUGAAAACAGUUAUCGUCCCAUGCCUAAUAUUGAUUAAUGUAAGCUUAAAAUAAUGUUUGCUAAUUUUUGUCUUAUAAAAGUGAAGUAAAAUCACAGCGCAUUAAGACAAUACUAUUUUCCUUUUCUUCCAUGUUCUGAAUAAUGAGAAUAUUUCCAUCGCAAUAAAUGCCUAAGCCAUCUUGGUUUCUAUCAGUCCCUACUACAUUAAUUUCAAUUCAGCAAAAGGAACUCAAAUAUUAUUACUUGAUUUUCUAAAGUAAUGCGUUACUUGUUACUUGAACAAAUAACUACGAAAAGUAAUAUUAUCACGCAACUCGUGUUACUUGCAAUGCAUUACUCCCAACACUGGUCAUGAUUCAUUACACUAACAAUUUUGUUUACGUAAAAGGUAUAUUAGAUGCAAAAAAAGUGUCUAUUGUUCUAAUAUAACAUAAUAUUGAGGAAAUGUUUAGUAGUCUACUUUUUAAAACAAAGGAAAAUGUUAUCACACUAAAUUGUAUUAUAUUUUUAAUUAUUUAAAACAUUUAGCUUACAAUGAUUUGAGAUAAAGUAUAGUCUUAAAAUGAUUAUAAUGCCAUGAAAUGAUUUUCUAAAUCUGUCUUUUAUAGUUAGUUUGAGCAUAUGAACCAGUGUUUCUCAACCAUGUUCCUGGAGGACCACCAACACUGCACAUUUUGGAUGUCUCCUCUGUCUGUCACACUCAUUACAGGUCUUUUAGUCUCUGCUAAUGAACUAAUGAUCUGAAUCAGGUGUGUUUGAUUAACGAGACAGAAAAUGUGCGGAGCUGGUGGUCCUACAGGAACAUGGUUGAGAAAUUGAUAUAAACAGUAAGUAUUGUUACACAAUGUUAUACAUGUAAUUGUUUAUAUAUGCAGAUAUAGAAAAUAUGAGACCACUUGAAUUUAUUCAUGAGCAACUAAUAAUUAUAAAUCCAGAGGUCUCGUAUUCAAUAGCUUUCUCUGCCCCUCUAUAACAUGUAUUGUAUUACUUUUUUCCAUUAAUUAUAAUAUUCAAUAUACUGGCAUCGGAAGUAUUAUGCUUUAGUUACUGAUUCAAACAUCACUAAUGUGUUAAUGAUUUAUCUUAAUAACCGACAGUGUAUCAUUCACUCUUUUAUGGAGC